GUAAUUGCUCAGAGUGAAGGUGGGAGAGCCCUGUAUAAAGAGCUCACCAGCGCCUGGCAGCAGCAUCAGUCAUUGCUCGCUCCCAGCAGGACACACAAGCAGCAAUGAGGAUCCUGGUGUGCGUGUACCUGUGCGGUCUGGCCCUGUCAGUCCUGGCUGAGGAGCAGCAGGUGAAGGAGAAGCGCGGUCUCACCGGCUCCCUGGGAGGCUAUGGAGGUGGCUUCGGUGGUGGCUACGGAGGCGGCUAUGGUGGUGGCUUUGGAGGCGGCUAUGGAGGUGGUUACGGAGGCGGUUACGGAGGCGGCUACGCUGGUGGACUCGGCGGCGGACUUGGAGGCGGCAUUGGAGCUGGCAUCGGUGGUGGAGCACCGCAGGUGACUGUCAACAGAGUCCCCGUCCCUGUCCCAGUGCCUGUGGAGAAUACCAUCCCAGUUCCAGUGCGCGUCCCAGUCACAGUCCCUGUGGAGCGGCCUGUUCCUGUCCACGUACCGCAGCCAUACCCUGUCCCCGUAGACAACCCUGUGCCCGUCCCCGUCAAGGUCCCCACCCCAGUGUCCGUCCCAGUACCUCAGCCCUACGUCGUUAAGCGUCCAGUGCCCUACGUCGUCAGCGCUGGCCACGGCGGCCUUGGCGGAGGUCUCGGCGGUGGUCUCGGAGGAGGCCUGGGCGGUGGUCUCGGAGGAGGCCUCGGAGGCAAAUUCGGCGGAGGCUACGGCGGCGGCUUCGGUGGAAGCUACGGCGGUAGCUUUGGAGGACUCGGGGGCUACGGAAAAUACGAGGAAAGUCUGCAGAGCUAUUUCUGCACUGUUGUAAUCCGAUUUGCAUCUGUCCAUAAGGUGUGCGUGUACCUGUGCGGUCUGGCCCUGUCAGUCCUGGCUGAGGAGCAGCAGGUGAAGGAGAAGCGAGGACUGACUGGCUCUCUUGGUGGAUUUGGUGGCGGCUUCGGUGGAGGCUAUGGAGGCGGCUACGGUGGUGGCUAUGGAGGCGGGUAUGGAGGCGGCUAUGGAGGCGGCUACGGAGGUGGCUACGCUGGUGGACUCGGAGGCGGUCUUGGAGGCGGCAUUGGAGCUGGCAUCGGUGGUGGAGCCCCGCAGGUGACUGUCAACAGAGUCCCCGUCCCUGUCCCAGUACCUGUGGAGAGGACCAUCCCGGUUCCAGUGAGGGUCCCAGUCACAGUCCCUGUGGAGCGGCCUGUUCCUGUCCACGUACCGCAGCCAUACCCUGUCCCCGUAGACAACCCUGUGCCCGUCCCCGUCAAGGUCCCCACCCCAGUGUCCGUCCCAGUUCCUCAGCCCUACGUCGUUAAGCGUCCAGUGCCCUACGUCGUCAGCGCCGGCCACGGAGGACUCGGCGGAGGUCUCGGCGGAGGUCUCGGAGGAGGUCUCGGAGGAGGCCUCGGAGGAGGCUUCGGAGGAAAGUUCGGUGGAGGCUACAGCGGCGGCUUCGGUGGUGGAUACGGCGGUGGUUUUGGAGGACUCGGUGGCUACGGGAAAUAUGGCCACUAGAAAUCCACCUCAGUUAUAAUAUCUUGACCUGUACAUGCCAUCAGAUUCGUAUUAUGUACACAAAAAAAUGCUAAAUAAAAACUGAUGCAUCACA